UGGGGAGAACAAGCAAAAUGACAAGCUCCAUAGAUGAAGUUGAGGCCUUCGGGACCACGCCCUAUGACUAUGAGCUGGCACUGCCAUGUGAAAAAGCCAGUAUCAAGGAGCUGAUCGCCCAGUUUCUGCCCCCACUGUACUCCCUGGUGUUCAUCGUGGGCUUCUUGGGCAAUGUCACAGUGAUAGUGAUCCUCACAAAAUACAGGAGGCUCAGGAUUCUGAGCAACAUCUACCUGCUCAACUUGGCAAUCUCUGACUUGCUAUUCCUCUUCACUCUGCCAUUCGGGAUUCACUAUGCUAGGCUGAAUAAGUGGGUUUUUGGCCAUGGCGUGUGUAAGCUCAUCUCGGGGCUUUAUCAAAUGAGCUUGAACAGCGAGAUCUUAUUCAUCAUGCUAAUGACAAUUGAUAGGUACUUGGCCAUAGUCCAUGCUGUGUUUGCCCUUCGAGCCCGGACUGUCACUUUUGGUGUCAUCACCAGUAUUGUCACCUGGGGCCUGGCAGGGCUAGCAGCCCUCCCUGAAUUUAUCUUCCAUGAGUUCCAAGACAUGCCUGAAGAGCCUGUGUGCAGCCCUGCUUACCCAGAGGAGGGAGAAGAUAGCUGGAAGCAUUUCCACGCUCUGAGAAUGAACAUCUUGGGUCUCGCCCUUCCCCUGCUCGUUAUGGCUUUCUGCUACUCAGGAAUCAUCAAAACAUUGUGGAGAUGCCCCAGUAAAAAAAAGUACAAGGCCAUCCGGCUCAUCUUUGUCAUCAUGGUGAUCUUUUUCAUUUUUUGGACACCCUACAACCUGGUUCUCCUUUUCUCUGCUUUUCAAAUGAUCUUCUUUGGUGACAACUGUGAGCGGAACAGACACCUGGACCUGGCCAGGGAGGUGACAGAGGUGAUCGCCAACACACACUGCUGCAUCAAUCCGGUGAUCUACGCCUUCGUCGGUGAGAAGUUCCAGAAGUACCUGCACCACUUUUUCCACAGGCACGUGGCCGUGCACCUGGGCAGAUACAUCCCAUUCCUUCCUAGCGAGAAACUGGAAAGAGCCAGCUCUGUCUCCCCAUCAACAGGGGAGCCGGAACUCUCUGUUGUGUUUUAG